AUGUCCUUCACUGACGCGCCAGUGACCAAGGCAUUGGUCUUGGGCCUGGUCGGGUCCUCCAUCGCCGCCAGCAUAUUUGAUAUCAAGCACUACUUCUACAUCUCAAUCGGCACUCACUUCCUCCGCUACGGACAACUAUGGCGCAUCUUCACGUACCAACUAUGCUACACCAACUCAUCCGAGGUCCUCUUUGGAGCCAUGUCCCUUUACCCACAUGAGAAUGCCGGCCUCAUCACCGCCAUCCUUCCACCUUUCUUCCUCUCCGUGUUCAUACGUCCACUCUCCUUCGGCGCCCUGGAUUACAUCCCUGCCGGCCCAACGCCCGUCCUGUUCGCCAUUCUCGCGCAGUACCACGCAAUGAUCCCGCAAAUCUACAAGUACAAGGUCGCGCUAUCCACUAGUCCUCCUCCAACCAACGCCAGCGACGACACCAGCGGGCUCAUCUUCUCAGACAAGUCGACAAGGUAUCUCAUGGCCUUGCAGCUGGCCCUCUUUCAGUGGCCUGGCUCUCUCCUCGGUGCCGUGAUCGGUUGGGUAGUGGGGUAUUUGUGGCGCAACGAUCUCUUGCCUGCGGCGGUGUCGAGAUGGAGGGUGCCUGGGUGGGUGGUUGGUCUUCGCUCUCAGAAGAGGAACGAUAGGUUUGAUGGGAUUCGCCGGAGGCUGGAGGAUGAGGGGGCUUCUUCUACUGGAGUGGCUACGGGAGCGCAGCCGGUUGUUGAGGGAGAAAACAGGAGGAGACCGUUGGGUCAGCAAUUGAUUGAUGAGGUUAGAGGGGCGUUCUGA